UACUACCAUGCUCAGAGGAUCAAUUCCAGUGUACAAACUGCCGGUGUAUUUUAAAGACUGCGCGAUGUGACAGAAACGAUGAUUGUGGUGAUAACAGCGAUGAAACUAGUGACUGUAAUAAGUUAGUAUUACCAAAGUGUAGCGGAGAUGAAUUUUCUUGCCAUAAUAUCUGCAUCUCUCAAGAGUGGGUGUGUGAUGGUUCAGACGACUGCUCAGAUAGAAGUGAUGAGCUUAACUGUAAAAACUACACCUGUCACCCCCAUGAAUGGGCUUGUCCACAUAAUGGCAGAUGCAUUCCAUUGUCUCAAGUCUGUGAUGGAACAAAGCAAUGUUCCUCAGGAGGGGAUGAAGGUGGAGACUGUGCCAACUCCUGUUCUAACAAGUCAUGUGAUUACCUGUGUCAAGCCACUCCCACUGGCGGUCAGUGUUACUGCAGAACUGGGUACCAGAUUGGCCAAGAUAACAGGACAUGUGUUGAUUAUAACGAGUGCUCCACUGACGGCUUCUGUGACCAGCUGUGCACCAACCUACCUGGAUCUUACACCUGCAGCUGUAGGCCCGGCUACACCCCAGACCAAAACAACAUCUGCAAGACUCCCAACAGUGACAGUGUUCGCCUCCUUAUGACAACCACAACAAAGAUCAUCACAAUGGGCAGAGAUGGUGCGGAUGUGAAGGAAAUAGUCCAGGUGGAUGCUACGGAUGUGGAGAUGGGCCAGAAUGGGGACAUGAUCUACUACAUUAACCACACGGAUAACCAGAUUUACACCAUUCCAGCAAAUGGCUACACAUUACCUCUACGUCUCCAAGUUCAUGGGCUAGCCAUCCCUGUGGACAUUGCCCUGGACUGGCUGACCAACAACCUGUACAUUGUUGACCGGGACACUGCCCGCAUAGAGCUGCUGAACAUUCCAUCAGGCCACCAGCACAACUUGAUAUCAGAUAACCUGCAGACCCCAGUGGCUGUGGUGGUUGAUCCCAAUACAGGGUACCUUUUCUUUGCUGACCGAGGAUUAAAAGGUCCAAUGAUGAAGCCGAGGAUUGAAAGAGUUUUUAUGGAUGGCAGCAAAAGAUGGGACCUGGGCUUGAAUAAAAUUCUCUACCCCCAGGGGUUGACGCUAGACAUGGUCAACCAGCGAGUGUAUUGGGUGGACUCACAGCUGGACCACCUGGAGAGUGUGGACUACAAUGGCUUGAAGAGGAGGACCAUCGUAUCUGGAGGACUGAACAUCCCUGCCCCUGUCUCUGUGGCCAUUUUUGAAAACCAGAUCUUCUUUGCAGACAUUACAAAGCUGGGCGCUAUAAGGAUCAACAAAAACGACAACAGUGUUGAGCCAAAAACACUGAAGCAGAUCUACAAGGCAGAUUCUGGCAUUCCGACAUCUGUAACCACAUACCACCCACACAUGCAUGUUCUCUCGUCCAGGGCUGGCACCAACCCUUGUAAAGAUAACCCAUGCCAACAUAUCUGCGCUCUCUCUCACACCACGGAUAAUAAUGGCCUCGGCUACAGAUGUUUGUGUAAGGCUGGCUUUGAGCUGGAUUCUACAUUGGUUAACUGCACAAAGAAUGAAAAGUUUAUCCUGUUUGCAACACCACGCGCUAUUAGAGGCAUCUCACUGGAGGAGCCUGGGCAGUACCCUAUCGAUGCCAUCCCUCCUAUUGUAGGCCAGCGCUGGGGAAGGCUAGGUGUCAAUUAUGUGGCUUUGGAUUAUGAUGCAGAGAAUGAAACAGUUUUCUUUUCAGAUGUUAGGAACAGAGUUAUAUAUAGGGGCAAGAUAGGGGAAUCAGACCCAAUGCCCCAGCUGGUCACAGAUAUAGGCUCCGUGGAGGGGAUCACCUUUGACUGGAUAUCAAAGAAUCUUUUCUUCACUGACUUUAGACGCAGUACAUUGUCUGUGAUCAGAGCUAACCACCCUACAGAGAGGAGAGAUUUAAUAAAAAAUCUGGGCAAUGCUAGGUCUAUUGUUGUUCAUCCAUUGAAGGGUUUCCUGUUUUACUCUGAUUGGCUGAGAAACUCCAGACAAAGUGCCUACAUUGCCAGGAGUUUUACAGAUGGGACAAACAUUACCCAAAUUAAAAAAAACCAGCUUGGCUGGCCAAAUGGUCUGACUAUUGAUUUUGCUAGUGAUCGGCUGUACUGGGCUGAUGCCUAUUUUGAUAGAAUCCAGCACACUAAACUUGAUGGUGAUGAUCUUCAAACUUUGACCGGACACACCAUUGUCCACCCAUUUGGCAUUGCUAUUUAUAAAGAAUUUAUUUACUACACUGACUGGAGGCUUCAGUCUAUUAUUCGUAUCAACAAGAGGGGAGGCCAAGAGAUGAAGAUGAGAUCUGGCAUUGGAAGAGUUAUGGGGAUUAGAAUCUACGACCCUAGCUUACAGCCACUAAAUGCACAGAACCCUUGCCACCUGCGGAACGGAGACUGCUCCAACUUUUGUUUUGUGGUCCCUGUGACGGAGGGGAUGUCCUUAGUUGGAAGACACUGUGGCUGCCCGUAUGGCAUGAAGUUGGCCAGGGACCAGCGCACAUGUGAGCCAAACCCAGAGGAGGUGGAGGUGACGACGUGUGCCUCAGGAUUGUUCCAGUGCCAGAAUGGACGCUGCAUACCAAAUUCUUAUCGCUGCGACAGGGACAACGAUUGUUUGGAUAAGUCGGAUGAGAUGAACUGCCCAGAAGCAGCAACUUGCCCGUCCAACAGAUUCAAAUGUGCCAAUGGUCAGUGUAUAAGUAGAGUGUGGGUGUGUGAUGGAGAUAAUGACUGUGGUGACAUGACGGAUGAAAAAAAUUGUUCUGCCAAAACAUGCAACUCUAGAGAGUUCCAGUGCAACAACAGCCUGUGCAUCAGCCAGUCGCUCAAGUGUGACACGGAUAAUGAUUGCGGAGAUGGCUCAGAUGAAGGGGAAUUUUGCAGAGAGCACACAUGCCCACCAUAUUUCUUCCAGUGUGAUGACCGCCGCUGUAUAACUGAGGUGAGGGUCUGCGAUGGUGGCAAUGAUUGCUAUGACGGCACAGAUGAAAGGGACUGCCCUCCAUUAAACUGCACUGGGUCCAGGUGGACCUGCAAAAAUGUGCGGCAGUGUAUCCUCACGAAGCACCACUGUGAUGGUGUACCAGACUGUUAUGAUGAAUCAGAUGAGCAGGACUGUCCUGAACAAACACCAGAUAGCUGUCACAGAGACCAGUACAGAUGUUUAGAUGGUGGUUGCAUCCCUUUGACCUGGAAGUGUGAUGGCCAAACAGAUUGUGAUGAUGAUUCGGAUGAGGGAUCGUUUUGCCCCCCUGUAACCUGCUAUGGAAACAGAUUCCGCUGUAGGAAUGGCCGCUGUAUCUUCCAUGGCUGGGUCUGUGAUGGUGAUGACGACUGUGGGGACAACUCUGAUGAGGAUGCAGCCCUUACGUGUGCCCCGCCACCAUUCUCCUGCCCCAGGGGAAAAUGGGAAUGUCCUGGAGGGAGUCACGUCUGCAUCAACACCACCCUCGUGUGUGACGGCAACGCAGAUUGUCCUGAAGGACAUGAUGAAAGUCCUAUCUGCAAUCAAGACAGCUGUGGAGAGAACAAUGGAGGGUGUAGCCAUAUUUGUAUGCAGACACCCCGGGGGGCUGAGUGUAAAUGUCCCAGGGGUCAGGAAUUAAAUGGCACUAAAGUUUGUAUAGAUGAAGAUGAGUGUAACCCACCAGGGAGGUGCAGCCAGACCUGCAUCAACACCAAAGGCUCGUUCAAGUGUGAGUGUGUGGAGGGUUACCAGCUGUUGCCUGACAGAAGGACUUGUAAAGUUGUGAGAAAUGAGACAAUCCUGAGCCUUUUGAUUGCUAGCAGGACUGCUGUAGUCAAGUCAAACCUUGAAAUCUGGAUGUACGACCCACUGCCCUUACCUGCAUUCAGAUCUCUCACAGCUAUAGACAUUGAUGUCAGGGAGUCUCACAUUUAUUUCUCAGACACCAUACAGAAGAAGAUUUUUAGAACCACUAUCAAUGGGCAGGAUCUUACUGAGAUAGUAGCAACAGGGAUAGAUGUAGUGGAGGAUAUAGCAGUGGACUGGAUAGGCAAGAACCUGUACUGGACUGACUAUGGCAUGGAGACCAUUGAGGUGGUCAACUUGGCGGGGGAGCACAGGAUGGUCUUGUUUAGUGAAAACAUCACAAACCCCAGGGCCAUAGAGGUGGAUCCUAGAGAUGGAGUGCGUUACCUGUUUUGGUCUGACUGGGGUCAGAACCCACGUAUUGAACGCUCUGGACUAGAUGGUAGUGGACGCACAACACUGGUGACAGAAAAACUGUACUGGCCCAAUGCUCUGACCAUUGACUACCCCAACAAGAGACUGUACUUUGCUGAUGCUCGAAUGGACUUUAUAGAGUUCUGCAACUAUGAUGGCACUGGACGCCACCAGGUGUUUGCUAAUGACCAUUUCCUGCGACACCCCCAUUCAUUGACCAUCUACGAGGACUGGCUGUACUGGACUGACCGGGCGGCCAGCAGGGUGUCCAUGUGUAACAAAUUCAACUGCUCGGAGAGAUCUGUGGUUGCUUCCAGCAUUAACCGGCCUUUGGGUAUAGCUGUGUAUAACAUCAUCAAACAGCCUACAGGUACGAAUCCAUGCCAGAAUGACCACUGCAGCCAUCUGUGUUUACUGUCACCAAGACCCACUGGCUACAGCUGUGCCUGCCCCAUAGGCAUGCAGCUGGAUGGUACAGCCCACACCUGUGUUAAAGAUUCUUCAGAAAUUUUGUUGUUCAUGCAGUCUCGAUUUAUUGCUGGCAUUAAAUUAGGCAGCACCAAUGUCACUGGCAUAGUUCCGGUCAGUUCUAUCAGCAGUGGACAAGACUUUGAUUUUGACAGCAAGGAAGGUUUCAUCUAUUAUGUGGAGAAAACAAAUGGUAGCCUGAAAAGAAUUCAGCUGAAUGGUCGCAACACAUCAGAGUUUGUACCGACUGCUGUUAUAGGAAGCCCUAAUGCUAUAGCCAUAGACUGGAUGUCUAGGAACCUUUUCUGGGCUAAUGCAGCCGCAGGGCUCAUGGAGGUUAUGAGGUUAGAUGGCAAAGAACAUUACAGAAAAGUUUUGCUGAGCAACAGCGGCAGAAGGCGGGAUGUGGCUAAUCCAUUGUCUCUCUGUGUGGAUCCUGGAAGGGGGCUGCUGUACUGGGGAGAUGGUGGAGUCCCGGGGGUGCCGGCUAAGAUCGCUGUUGUUGAGAUGGAUGGAUCCAACCCCAGGGUGCUGCUGCUGGGUGGGAUAAGGACCCCCAUGUACAUGACCCUGGACACACAGACCCAGAGCUUGUACUUCACCGAUACAUUCCACAACAAGCUCCAGCGCUACUACAUCAAGUCUGGCUCUAUAUCCCAAGUCGUCUCCUCUGGUUCACCCCAAGGUGUCGUAUUCCACAACAACAGACUGUACUACUACGACAGCAUCUAUGAGACUAUCAACCGCGCCCCCUACCCUUCUAUAAGGACGGCAGCAGUUUUACGCAGCAACAUUAAGGGUGUUGGCGCUCUCAAAGUUUAUUACGACAGACAUGAAUCUGGGGACACCAAUGCUUGUUCAGUAAACAAUGGUGGAUGUCAACAUCUUUGUCUGCCCAAAAGCUCAGGUUCUAUCUGUGCAUGCUCUACUGGGUUUAAACUGAAAGAUGAUGGGACUUGUGCAGCUGAGAGCUCCUUUGUUGUGGUCUCCAUGUACAGUGUUAUCCGAGGGUUUGGUAUGACACGUGUUGAAGGGGACGAGGCCAUGGUACCAGUAGCAGGCUCAGGGAGAGCAACUCUGGCUAUUGAUGUGUACAUGGGGUCCAACUACAUCUACUGGGUGGACUCAAGGCAGGCCAUCCCCACCUCCAAACAAGAUGGAGGAAUUCAUAGAAUCAAACCAGAUGGCACUGGUCUACAGGACAUACUGACCACUGGAAUUGGGUCAAACAGUAUCCAGGGCAUAGCAGUGGAUUGGAUCGCAGGAAAUAUCUAUUUCACCAAUGCUUUUGAUGUGGAAGUGUUUAUUGAAGUGAUGAGGCUGGAUGGGACAUUCAGGAAAGUUUUAGUGAGAGAAUCACAAGGACAACCCAGGUCUUUGGCUGUCAAUCCAAUAAAAAGAUACCUAUACUGGGCAGAUAUGGGUCAGACGGCCAAGAUAGAGAGGUCACUGCUAGAUGGGACCAACAGGACUGCCAUUGUUAAAACAGGAAUCAGCCUGCCAAGGGACGUCACCAUAGACAUAGAAACACAUGAUGUGUACUGGGUGGAUGCCAUUGUUGACACCAUUCAGUGUGUUGAUUACAAUGGAGAAAACAGACGCUACAUUCAAACAAAUAUACCAAACCCAUUUGGAUUGUGUGUGUUUAAAACAUAUGUCUACUGGAUAGACAGGAAUCUUCAGAAGAUUUUCAGGGCACUGAAAACCUCUCAAGGAUACAUCCCUCAAGUUCUGAAGAGCAGCUUGGAUACAUUGAGUGAUAUUGCCAUCUUUGAUCAUGCUAUGCAACCCCUAGAUGAGAGCAAUCCUUGCUCCGCCAACAACGGAGGCUGCCAGCAGCUGUGUUUUGCUAAACCCAACCAGACAGAGCCAGACUGUGGGUGCUCUACAGGUACCCUGGGGCCUGACAAGAAAUUAUGUCAAGCCCCCACGUCCUUCCUGCUGUUUGCAGCUGAGACAGAAAUCCAGAGCUUGUCCCUCAACCCAGAGUCCACGUCCAACCCUAUUCCAACAAUACCUGAUCUACAGGGUGUGGUAGCUGUGGACUAUGACGCCCAUGAAAACUACAUCUACUUCAGCCAGGUCAACUCUAAGAAGAUCAGCCGCGUCAAGAAAGGCUCCACGGUUGUUGAGGAUGUGAUGGCGCCAAGCAUGAACUCCACACCUGGCUAUGUGCAUGAUGUCACCUCAGUGGAGGGCAUUGCCUUUGAUUGGGUGGGCAAGAAGCUCUACUGGGCUGACCUCUUCAGGAACCGCAUCUACAGCAUCAAUGUCAACCUGACCCACAAGGUGGUCAUAGCCACUGUCCAGAGUCCAAGAGCUUUAGCCAUUGACCCCUGCAAAGGUUUCAUCUACUGGUCAGACUGGGGUCACACACCAAAGAUAGAGAGGGCUACCAUGGCAGGCAACCAGAGACAGGACAUCAUCUCCACUGACCUGGGCUGGCCUAAUGGGCUGACCAUUGAUUACGAGGAGGAGAAGAUCUACUGGGCAGAUGCCCACAGGGACCGCAUUGAACGAGCCAACCUAGAUGGCAACUACAGAGAGGUGAUAGUGGAGACCACAGUCCACCCCUUCUCCCUCACUGUCUUUGGCUUCUACAUAUACUGGACAGACUGGACCUUACGAGGGAUCUAUCGGGCAGAGAAACACACAGGGGCUAACAUGAAGAUGCUGGUACAGGGUCUGUCUACCAGGCCUAUGGGGAUAACUGUGUAUGCUCAAGACAAGCAGAAGUGUAGCAACAACCCAUGUGCUGUGUUCAAUGGUGGUUGUAGCCAUAGCUGUCACCCUGGGCCUGAUGGAACAGUUGAAUGCACUUGUGAGGAGGGUAAAGACAUGGUCAUUAGGAACAACGGAAAGGUGUGUGUGCCUAGCAACAACACCUGCUCAGCUGAUCAGUUUGUGUGCCAAAACGGCAGGUGUCUGAGAGAGAGAUGGGUCUGUGACCUGGACAAUGACUGUGGUGAUGGCUCAGACGAGGAUUCCAACUUGUGUGCACUCCACACCUGCGACCCCAAGUACUUCAGCUGUAAGAAUGGUCGCUGUAUCCCACUCAGGUACAGGUGCGACUUUGAUAAUGAUUGCAGGGAUAACUCUGAUGAAGAAGAUUGUGCCUACCCAACAUGUGGCCCCAACCAGUUUACCUGCAAUAACUUCAGGUGUAUUGAUGCUGCCCAGAAAUGUAAUGGCAUUGAUAACUGUAGGGAUGGCAACAGGACUGAUGAAUUAAACUGUCCUCCCAGGACUUGUCCCCCCAGCCAAGUCAAGUGCCCCACCACCAACAUCUGUAUCAUCCGUCGCUACAUGUGUGAUGGGGACAAUGACUGUGGAGAUAACUCUGAUGAAAACCCUUUCUUCUGUCACGCUGUCUCCUGUGCACCAGGUGAUUUCCAGUGUUCCCAGAGCCACAAGUGUAUACCAGGGGCGUGGCAGUGUGACGGGGAUGAUGACUGCGGCUUUGGAGAGGACGAAGCUGCCGCAACUUGCUCCUCAUUCAACCGGACAUGCCAAUCAGACCAGUUUGGAUGUAACAACGGCCGCUGUGUUACCAUGAGGUGGGUGUGUGAUGGAGAGGACGACUGUGGUGACAACUCUGAUGAAUCUGAGGCCAGAAACUGCAAUGACAGGACGUGUCCCCCUGACACCUUCACUUGUGAGUCCAACAAGCACCAAGGCUCCUACCCCUGCAUCCCCAACUCUCAAGUGUGUGAUGGUGUACGCAACUGUCGUAAUGGAGAGGACGAAACACAGACGUGUCCCCCUCGCACCUGCAUGGAGCAGGAGUUUCAGUGCAACAAUGGCAUCUGUAUCUCUGCAAGGUUCAAGUGUGACCAUGACAACGAUUGUGGUGAUUCAUCUGAUGAGCCCAAAGAUUGCAAUUACCGAAGCUGUAGUCCAGAGCAGUUCACCUGCGACAACCUUCGCUGUAUAUCCAAGACCAUGGCCUGUGAUGGAGAUAAUGACUGCGGUGAUGGCUCAGAUGAGAAAGAAAUACACUGUUUGACCCCAGAGCCAACCUGUCCAGGUAACCAGUUCAGGUGUGACAACGGCCAGUGUAUUCGUUAUGAUGUGGUCUGUAACAAGAACCCAGACUGUUCUGAUGAGUCAGAUGAACAACACUGUAAUGUCAAUGAGUGUGAGAGUGCCAGGGUCAACCAGUGCCAGCAUAAAUGUGUGGACACACUGACCAGCUUCAAGUGUGAGUGUAACCCAGGGUUCCAGCUCAUGUCUGACAGGAAAGGAUGUCGAGACAUAGAUGAGUGUGUGGAGAAGAUUGGGUCCUGCUCCCAGCAGUGUGAGAACACUGAAGGAAGCUACAUCUGCAAGUGUGCCGAGGGCUACCAGCGGAUGAGUGAUGAGAAAAGUUGCAAGAAAAUUGAUGCCAUAACACCUCUACUGAUCUUCACCAACCGCUACUACCUGCGUGAGAUCUCCACAGCCGGGGAUAACCAUAGAAGAAUUGCCCAAGGCUUUGAGAACAUUGUGGCCCUUGACUUUGACAUCUCCAAUAACCUGAUCUACUUCAGUGAUGUCAAGCAGCAUAAGAUCUUCAGCAUCUUCCUCAAUGGGACUGACCAGAAGGUUGUAGUCAAGGACAAUGUGCCCAGUGUUGAGGGCAUCUCUGUCGACUGGAUAUCCAGAAAACUGUAUUGGGUGGAUGGCCGUAAGUCACAUAUCUGUGUAUCAGAGAUGAAUGGCACAAGUCAAGUCACUUUGUUGAAGGAUGGAAUCAGGAGGCCAAGGGCCAUUGUUGUUGAUCCAUUUAAUGGGUUUCUCUACUGGUCAGACUGGGGUAACCCACCUUACAUUGGCCGGAUGGGACUGAAUGGACAGAACUUGUCCACCGACUUUAUCACGGAGAAACUCGGCUGGCCAAAUGCUCUGACCAUUGAUUUUGAAACUGACCGCCUCUGGUGGGCAGAUGCACAUUUGGAUAUCAUUGAAUAUGUUGGCCUGGAUGGAAGGCACCGCCAUAUAGUGCUGGAAGGUGUACCCCACCCGUUCGCCAUCUCGUUGUUUGAGGACUACAUGUACUGGACGGACUGGAACCACCUGACCAUAGAGAGGGCCAACAAGUUUACCGGGGAGAACCACACCAUUGUCUGGAACGUCACCCACAGGCCCAUGGACAUCCACGUCUUCCACCCACUCAAACAAAAGCCAGGUUAUAACCCCUGUGGACUAGACAACGGAGGAUGUUCCCAUCUGUGCUUGACCUCACCUGGUGGACAGAGCUACACCUGUGCCUGUCCUGAGUACUUUGUCUUGAAGGCUGACCAGCGGCAGUGUGAGGCCAGGUGUUUGAGUUCACAGUUUAGGUGUGGCAGCUCUGAUGACAGGUGUAUCCCCAGGCUCUGGCGCUGUGACGGAGAGAAAGACUGCAGGGAUGGCUCAGAUGAGCCAGAUGACUGCCCCCUGAUCCACUGUGCACCCGGACAGUUCCAGUGCAAGAACAAGAACUGCACGUUCUCCUUCCGAGUCUGUGACCUGAAGGAUGACUGUGGGGACGGCAGUGACGAGGAAGGCUGCCACAAGCACGUGUGUGAGCCCUGGCAGAUGAGCUGUAAAAAUGGCAAGUGUGUUCCCAAGGCCUGGAUGUGUGACAAGGAGGACGACUGCGGCGACAAUUCUGAUGAGCAGUUUUGUACCAACACAACGUGCAAACCAAACCAGUUCCAAUGUGACAACGGCAACUGUAUCCAAGCCAACUGGAAAUGUGAUUUUGACAAUGACUGUGGGGAUAACUCUGAUGAAAAACCAGAAUUCAAAUGUGAUACAAGAGACUGUGAGGUGGGCUGGUGGCGGUGUGAGACCAACUACAGGUGUGUGCCCAACUGGGCGCGCUGUGAUGGAGAGGACGACUGCCGCGACAACUCCGACGAGAAGGAGGAGAACUGCCCCGUGUGCCACUCCACCGGCGACUUCCGCUGCCAGAACCGGCGCUGUAUACCCAAGCGCUGGAUGUGUGACUUUGAUGACGACUGCGGGGAUAACUCGGACGAGGAUAAGACAAAGUGCAGAGACAGCUACAGAAAGUGUUCAGAGUCCGAGUUCAGGUGUACCAACAACAAGUGCAUACAGGGACGCUUCAAGUGUGAUCACGAUGAUGACUGUGGUGAUGCCUCUGAUGAGAAAGAAAGCUUAUGCAAAGAUUACCACAAAUGUACAGUAGAUGAGUUCUCAUGUGCCAGUGGACACUGCACGAGUAAAUCCAAUGUCUGUGAUGGUCAUCGUGAUUGUAGAGAUGCUUCUGAUGAGAGGAACUGUACCGCCAAAUAUCCUAAUGGCAAUUUUUGUCCAGCGUCACAGUUUGAAUGUAAAAAUCAUAUUUGUAUCCCGCUGUUGUGGAGAUGUGAUGGAGACAACGACUGCGGAGAUGACUCAGAUGAAAGCACCAGUGUGUGUAAGAGCAUUGACUGCACCGGCCCUGACCGUUACUUGUGUAACAAUUUCAAGUGCGUCCCUAGGUGGCGCCGCUGUGAUGGCGUUGACAACUGCGGGGAUAAUUCCGACGAGGAUAACUGUGACAGCAAGAAGAAAGAGUGUGAACCUGAUGAAUUCAAGUGCGCAGAUGGUUUCUGUAUCAAUGGUGGGAAGGUCUGUGACAACUAUGCUGAUUGUGCUGACUUUUCUGAUGAAAACGGAUGCCACAAAGCCACUGGCCUGAAGUGUGAUGACAACAAUGGAGGCUGUGAACACAACUGUACUGACCUGUCCCUUGACUCCUACUACUGUUCCUGUGCUACUGGCUUCCGUGUUGCCCAGGGCAACAAGAAGGAAUGUGAAGAUGUGAAUGAAUGUGAAAGCUGGGGCAACCACUGCCCUCAAGACUGUCUCAAUGUGAAGGGCUCACACAAGUGUAAAUGUCACAAAGGGUUUCUUGAUCCGCAGAACAAAGGACAGGAGUGUAGAUCUGAAGAGAGCACCUAUGUUAUAUUAUUCACCAUGGGAGAUGAGAUCCGCCAGUAUCGCACCAAGAGCAAAGAUUAUGCUACUGAAGUCAUCUCUGGGGUGCGGUCAGCUGGCAUUGACAUUGACGCUGACCGCCGGCUAGUCUACUGGUCAGACACAAACCAGGGCAAGAUCUUCAGAGCCUCUGUGCCCAAAGAUGAGAAGAAGAAAGCUGUGGCUCAGGAUCUGGAGAUCUAUGGCUCCAGCCACCCUGGGGGUCUCAGCCUAGAUUGGGCAGCCAAGAAUAUCUACUGGACAGACUAUGAGAGCAAGAAAAUAUCUGUGGUGAACGAAGACGGACACUAUCAGCUGACUCUGAUCAAAAAUUUGAAAUAUCCUUUGGCCAUUGCUGUACAUCCAGGUUUGGGCUACAUGUACUGGACGGAUGCGGAUGUCCUCCAGCCUCGUAUAGAGAGGGCGUGGAUGAAUGGUGAAAACAGAGCUGUGCUAGUGGACACUAAACUGGGCUACCCAUCAGGCCUGGCUAUAGACUUCUACAUGGGGGGUAGAGUCUACUGGUGUGACAGUAAAGAGAAUCUGAUCGAGUCCAUGAAACCUGAUGGUUCUGAUAGAGUUAUUGUUACUGCUAGAGCUGCCUACAACCCAGUGUCCAUUGACCUAUUUGAAGGCCAGAUGUACUGGCUGUCUGAGAGCCUUGGUCAGUUGGCUAGCAUGGACAAGUUUGGCAGGGAGAAGAACAGGACCAUCCAGACAGGCCUGCAGCUACCCAAGAAUCUCAAAGUCUUCCACAUCAACAGAUACAACAUAUCCAUCAAGUCAGGCUGUAAAAACCUGACCUGCUCUCACCUGUGUCUAACUGUACCUGGUGGGGCCAGGUGUGCCUGCCCUGAGGGGACGAGCUUCUUACCUGACACCAACGACACUGCUUGUGAUGCAGCUUUCACUGAACCAAAGAGGCCACUGCCUAAAGAGGAAUGUAAAUGUCAGAACAAUGGCAUCUGUGAAGUGAAUGAGAAUGAAGUUGUCGUGUCUUGUAAAUGCCCAGCAGGCUACACAGGUGAGCUGUGUGAGUACAAUGAUGAAGGUGUGACACCAUCACCACAUGAACAUAAGGGGGAGGAGGGGACAACAGAGGAAGAUCACAUCGCAAUAAUUGUUCCUAUUGUGGUUGGCGUCAUCACUAUCCUGAUUAUAGUCAUCGUUGUCAUUGUCUUGAAACGUAGAGGAGUUGACUUCAACUUCAAAAAACUGAUUUCCAAGUCCAAACCCUCCUCGCCAACUGUUUCAUUCAGAGAGGGGGGGAAGGUCAAACUGGGCGUGCCUGAGAUGACUUAUAACAACCAAGAUCCAACCUAUAUGGAAUCUACGUCAGAUGACAGCCCCAACAACUUCACCAACCCUGUGUACGACAACCUUCACGGCCAACCCGUGGAGUCCAUCAUCCUCCCCUUCCAUGGGCCUCACUACGAGUCCAGCACAGACCCUGGGGACACAGUCAGAGGCUCGGCAGGGAAGAUCCCCCCCCCACAGUCCUCACCCCCACAGUCCUCACCCCCACAGCCCAAAGAUUUCAGAUUCCCACCCAGGGCACUGGACCCCAACACUGACGAUGAUGAACGAGACAUGGCUGGGCUGGUCAAGCCGGGGGAGCUGUAAUCUUCCUGUCUUAUAUAUCAACUGACCACGGAUAAAUCUUCCUGUCUGAUCUAUCAACUGACCAUGGAUAAAUCUUCCUGUCUUAUAUAUCAACAUACCACGGAUAAAUCUUCCUGUCUUAUAUAUCAACUGACCACAGAUAAAUCUUCCUGACUUAUAAAUCAACUGACCAUGGAUAAAUCUUAAACUGACAGUCUACCAAUGUUUCAUGGAGAAAGCAUCGAAAUCUUAUCUGAUUAAACUCAAUCAAAUGUACUGGACCAUAACAAUUUGGAUUGAAUUGAGUUUAAACUUUUAACAGCUUCUUCAUGAGUUUAAAGUGAUCUUACAGGAAUUGUUCACUUAGCUCCAGCGUAUUGUGUGUUCCUUGAGGAAAUGAUUGUGUAGGACAUUUGUCUGCGUUGUAGUGUUGUUCUUACGAAGAGGAGUACAGCUGUUUUGUAAAUAUUUGAAUGUUUUUCUUAUAUCCAAGUGUUCAAUUUAACGAAGUUGUGUCAAAUAUUUGAAUAACUCGCUGCAGAUUUUUUAAUGCUUUUAAUACCCUAAUUAUAAUAUCACGUUAAAAAACCAUAACUUUAUGUAAAAAUAAUAAAAAAAAGCUUUAAUUUGUUUAAAAUAUAUAUAUAUUUUUAAGCUGAUAUGUAAGAGGUAAUGGUAUAUAUAUAUUUGCUUUUGAAUAACAGUUUGAUGUACAUGCUCAUUAAUUUGUUAUAGCUGUUACUGUAAACACACAUAUUUAAGGAUGUCAGAUUUUGAUUCAUUAAAUUGAAAUUCACUUUUAAUUUAGUUCGAUUUAUUUAGUAAUUGUAAAAUUCUUUAUAAAAAAUGUUUCAAAAGAACAACAGGGGAUUAGGUUUUUGUUCUCUUUCUAAUUUUCAAAAACAUGUAUUGAUAAUAAAUAAUUGUAAACAAUGGGUUGUUGACAAUAUAUUUUAAAAGAUAUGCUAAUAUCCAUAGUUCAUGCAUAAGGCUAUCUCUACUUUUGAAAUGCAUCUAAUUAAUGAUGUAAAAUUGUGUUCACUGUUUCUGUUUUUCUGUUAACAAAAAGCUAAUUUUUUUCCUUACAUUGAUUCUUAAUUCUAUAAUUUAGCUAUGACAUUGUGACAUCUUUUUGAACAUCUUAUUACCUAAGAUAAUUCAUUUUUGUUUGCAUCAUUGCUGAUGAAGUGUUCCUUAUUUGUUCUAUACAGAUUCAUAAAGAAAAAUGCCUUAAAGUUAACAAAAGCAUCUGCGUAAUUUAGUUAUGGAUAAGAAAUUAAAUCUUUAAAUUUCUUUAAACAGCCCACACAUUUUUUUUUAAUAUAGUGAUUAAUUAAAAAAAAAAACAACUUAUAAAAUUGAGAUGCAUAAUGUAAAUAAAUAGACAGAGUGCAUUAUGGGGCAGGUUGAGUCCCAUUAUGCAACAGUGUCACGUCUCCUAAGUGUACUUGCCUUGUUAUUUACGCAUAAAAAAAGUUGAGCUGAAUAAAACUGAAAAUUGGU